AUGACGACCUUUAGCACGACGACGACGUGCAUCUUUGACGGCUGCGCGCUCCCGAGCCGCCUUAACUCGAUCAAGUGCAUGUUCCACCGCAACCGCGGCGUCUGCAAGUCGCCCCAUCGCCGCAACCAAGUGUAUGCGCGCCAGCUCUGCGUCUCGCACGGCGGACGCAACCCGUGCCAGGAGCCGGGCUGCGACGCCAACGCCCGUCUUGGGCAGUACUGCUGUCGGCACAGCAUCGCGGCCAAGAAGCGUCUCCGUGUCUCACCCAGCCCGCGUCUGUGCUGCUUUGAGGCACCGCCGCACGCGCCGGCGGCCAUUCACGAGUUGCGAAUGGACGAGGAUAUGCUCGAUCUUCUUCGGCUACUGCUCCGCGGCGAUGGCGCCACCCACGGGUGGAAUGAAGCGACGAUGCGCACGACCCAUCACGCGGGUGGCACCGAAAUGGUUUAA